AUGUAUAGUGUGCGGUCUGGGUAUAGACUUUGGAGGGAAGCCCAGGUUAAACAUUUACCGGGAGGGGUAGAAGAGAACUGGAGUAGUCUUUGGAACAUCAAAGCACCACCUCGGGUUAAGUAUCUUUUAUGGAGAAUCUGCAGAGGCUGCUUACCGACUAGACUAAGGCUCCAACAAUUUCAUGUUCAGUGUCCGUCAGGGUGCCAGUUUUGUGAAGAUAAUAUUGAAGAUGAUUGUUGGGAAGAUAGGAAGACUGUCGGGAGAGUAGCUGUUAUGUUAGAUGUGUUAUGGAGGAAUAGAAACAAUAAAUUAUGGAAUAAUGAGAAUGAGGAGGCCAUAACUCUUGGAUUAGUGGCGCUAAGUAACUGGCAGGCUUGGUUUGCGGCACAACAGGAUCACAAUACUGAUAAUCCUACCCAAUUUCCUACGAGAUGGGAAGCUCCUAAUGUUGGGUGGCUCAAGUGUAAUGUUGAUGCAGGUACGGCUUGGGAUAUAGGUACUCAAUCUAUCUUAGAAGCGGAAGCCCUUGCCCUUAAAGAAGCAAUCCAAGGGGCUAUCAUUUGA